CGCCUAGAUAGAUCUCACACGGUUAUUCGUGAUAAUGCACCAGCAUUUAUUUUUGGAAGUCAAAUUUUCAACGAACCUGGAACAGGUAUCGAGCACAUAACACCGUACUCACCGUGGGAAGGAGGCUUUUGUGAACGCCUCAUCAAAUCCGUAAAAGAAGCCCUGAUAAAAGCAACAGGCAUUAGAGCAACUAUGCACCUUAGUAGGCCCCGGACAUACCAAGAAAGUAAUAUCAAUAACAACAUCACACCCUAUAGACCUAUCGACUUUCUACAGGAUACGAUGAAUGUCACUCUUCCAUUAGAUGCUUCAGAACAGGACUACACAGAUACGCCUCACCUGGAAAAGGAAACUAGCAUGUAUCUCCAAAGUGAUUCCAAGCAGUGA